GAACAGGCAAUUACACCCAGCCCCUCUCCAACAGACCCAUUCCUCGCCUCCUUCAGGCCAAGCGCAGCAGCAGCACGAGCAAUAGGAUUUAACUGAGGAUAACGCGCAGCAAUAGGAUCUGAGAUUUCUCGGGGAUUGGCCGCCAAAGACGGAGGAAAAAAGGAUAUAGUAUCGCAAAGAAAUAGUUGUCAUUACAGAGUCAAGAGAGGUGAACAUGUCAAUCUGAAUCGACUCCGAUAGAUUCCGUGGCUCUUUACAACUACUGGACGCCUUUCGGUUCGCACCUGUGCGUCGUGCAUGUCCUCUUUCUCUGGGGAUAAAAGUGCGUAAAAUUGAUACAGUUUUUACGCACGGUGACACGCCGAGCUGGAGAGACUCGGAUACGGUCCUGGACGCACGAUGCUGAUCGGUACGUCGGCCCAGGGCAGACCCCUUCUGGCUUCCCUCCCCAUCCCGGGACGGCCCCUGCAGCCUCAGCUCGACCUCAAACACCUCCUGCCCUUCAGACUCAAUGGAUCCUCCCCACUCAGCCUCUUCCCUAACUUUAACACGAUGGACCCUGUCCAGAAGGCAGUGAUCAACCACACAUUUGGUGUCCCUCAGCCCCUCAAGAAGAAACAGAUUAUCUCCUGCAACAUUUGCCACCUGCGCUUUAACUCGGCGAACCAAGCAGAGGCCCACUAUAAGGGCCAUAAGCACGCCCGGAAGCUCAAAGCCAUGGAGACCCAGAAGAACAGGCAGCGACGGGCUGGGGAGGCCUCAUCCACAGGAAGGGAGAGAGACCGAGACAAAGACCGGGAACGAGAUCGUGACAGUUGCAAGACGUCCACACCCGGGGCAGCUCUUCCUGCGCUCAUGGAUACAAGCUCAGUGGAGGGAGCGAGUCUUCAGUCUGACCAAGGACCAGCCAACCUGGAGGAAAAGCUUGAAGAGAGUCCCGGGAGCUCAGUUAUGCAGACACCAGUGUCCGAGGUUUCGUCUGUGGAGUUGGUCACCCUUUCCCCUCCUCAGAUAUCGCCUUCCUCACACCUCUCAGAGACUGCCUCAGACACCAGCGCCCCCAAAGUCCCAGAGGCUAUCGAGGCCGUGGGCCCCGUCACUGAGUCAGGCAGCAAUGCAGAGAUGUCGAGCAUAAAGGAGGAUCCCCAAACAGAUGAGGACAAGGACCCCAAAAAAAGCAAGGCUCACCUACAUUGUCCUGUCUGCAAAGUCACAGUCAACUCCAUCUCCCAACUGGAAGCACACAACAGUGGCACAAAGCACAAGCUGAUGCUGGAAGGUCACAGUGUUCUGCCUCGGCGCAGGGGGAAGGUGGUGGCAGCUCGAGCGGGCUGCAAGAGCAAGAGGCUGGCUAGCAAAGGCAGGAUCAGGGUGCCCAGCAAGAACUAUCAGUGUGAAGUGUGUGAGAUCUGUGUGAACUCUGAGACCCAGCUUAGCCAGCACAUGAAUAGCAGAAGGCACAAGGAUAGGCUGGCCGGAAAACCACCCAAACCCAAAUUUACCCCCCACAGCAAGAGCCAGCAAAGCACCAGCUUAGCGAGCAUGAGAUGGAGUGGCUAUGCAGGCGUGGCUGUGUCUGCCAUGAAGAAAGCAUUCAGCCAGUACAACCUCACCUCCCUCACCUCCCUCUCCUCCUUCUCCUCACAGACCAAACUGGCCUGGCAGAAGCAGCUGACCAAGACCUUGACUGCUGGCUUCCUGCCCAGCCCCCACUUCACCCAGCCAACUCUGUGCACAAUGGCAAGUAACCCACUGGCUCUGCGCCACCCAGUGGGCACCACCACCUUCAUCCAGCACCCCUUCCUGGGCCCUGCACUGUUUCGGCCUGCCCCGGGGCCGCUGCGGGCCACACACACACCCUUCAUCUUCUCCCCCUACUAAAGACUUGACCCACUUCCUGAUUGAGCUCCACCCUUGUCCCUUUACCAAACCCCAGGCCCUCCUUUAGUGUGACCCACAUGACAAAAGGCCACACGCAAACUAUGCAGCCCGCCUGACUUAAAAUGGAAAGAGUGCACAAGUCCUGAUGCUCCGUAGGCCAUUAGGCCUGAGAGCUGUUCCUAUCAUAAAGGCCAAGAUCCCCCAUCAUGCCUUCUUUCUGCUCCUCUUAUCAUGACCUAAGGAGCAGGACAGGCCUCCAGACAGUGACUGGUGCACAGAGGCCGCUUUUAUAGCCAUUUCAUGGGUCAACAUGGUUUGGAUUAUUAUAUUGUUGUGUAAUUUAUUAGAGAAAAAAUAUAGACACCUCUAGAUAUAUGUUUAGUGUGGUUGCCACAAAAUAAGGUCCCUUUACUUGAUGCUCUUUUAAAACGUUUUUUUAACUCAUUGGUUUGGGGGUUUCCUGAAAGGUGGGAGGGUCAUAGGUCAUUAAAGCAGCUGUGCCGGAGGCCUCCUCAUAUGGCUGGACAAACCUCUCUCAUUGAUCAGUGUUUUCAAUCAACAAUCUUAAAGGACCAUCUGAGGUCAAUUGCUGUCACGUUUCAUGUUGGUUAUGGCGAUUAUCAAACAGUCCUGUGAGUGGUAUGUAAACCUGCAUAUAUUAAAACUUUACUCUCUGAGUCACAGCCAUCGUCAUAACCCUCCAGAUAUUAUUUUUUUUCCUUUCCUGUAUCCGCAGGAUUAAGCGCUCAUUGAGGUCACAGAAAAGGUCAGCUUGUCAACUUGACUUUGUGUCAAUUUGCAAAUCUGUCUUUGGAGUCUUUUUUUUUUUUCUCGCCAAGCUAGCACCACGAAAACAUUCUCGCAGCUAUGGAUGUCUUAAAUUCCCAAAAUGCCAUCAUGUCAUUCCCCUUGUGACUGCUCUUUUUCCUUCCCUUCCUCCUUCACCACGCUGUCGCCUCGCUUCAGCAUGAGAUGAUGCUGAUGAUGAUGUUGAUGAUGAUGAGGAGCAACACAAACACGUCCACUAACACACACACACACACACACACACAAUGAGAACACACAAUGGAUAACUUGAAGACUUGAUGGGAUUGCAGAGCUCAGUGAAAAGUUUGGAUGACAGUGAGUGGGGAGGCUGCGCAACCAGUUCUUGAUUGACAUCCUGUCGCACAGCGUGGGAAGGAACAAAGCAUAGUGCCAUGGCAACCACAUUAAAAGCACCUUAAAACUGAUUUUACUUAAAAAAGCAAUGGAAAUUGUGUUGAUAUUCACCUUUUGUUUUGCCCUAUAGGUGUAUGUUUUUGCAUAUCAAUUUAAUUUGAAAGAAAAAAAACAACAAUCAGCUGGGAUCGUUGACAUUAUGGUUUGUCCAUAACUAAGACAAGUCUCAACUUCAAAGCAAUACAUUCAGUAUGUUAAUGUUUAUGAUGUGUUUUUAGUGUGUCGAUGGCUUUAUCUACUCUAUACUGUACACACCUGUAACAAUGUAUUAUGUACUCCAACACAGCCAAGGGCCAACUCUGAAUUGCCAUUUGAAACGAGGGGCCGUCCUUGUCGGUGCUGCCCCUGAUGCUCGAUGCUCGCGGUCCGUCUCCACAUGUUGUGACUCGGGGGGGGAGCUGAGCCGUUUCCAUUUAUAGCUGCUCUCGCGCUGCGGAGAGGGUGCUUCAGCGCCAUAUGACAUUGCCGUUUCAAUUUUUAGUGGCGCGGGAGGACUUUUGUAUGACUUCCACUGAGCGAAAUGACGUCAGAGACAAGUUGUUGGGAUAAGUGUCACAAGUGCAGCAUCAACUGUUAUAUUGCAGUUCAUGCCCGCGUGCUGUCUCCCCCCCCACCCAGGAUAUCUACUAACUCUCAGUCCUCCCUCUGCCAAAAAUGAAACUGUUGGCAUGGUCUCAUCAGGACUCUGAGUGUAAACAUCAUCCGUCUUUCAACAGUCAUACCAAAUCAUGUACUCUUACAUUACAGUAAUGGAGCAAAUCCUAUGCAUUCUUUCAUUGUGCAAUAUGUAUAGUUGUGUGUGAUGCAGCAGUGCCAUCUGUCGUAAAAACCCUGUAAUUGCCAUCCAGUGCUAGUGCUUCUACAAAACCUUUGAUCAUACAGUAUGUGUAUUUCUGUUUAAUUAAGGACCCCCCCCCCCCCCCAAGUCUUUCUGGGUAAGCGAGGCCAUACUGAUGUGAUUCUCCCCAGUCGCACUACUCAGUGAACCAGCCAGCCUUUAAUCGUCACUGUUUGUUUGUUUCUAUCGCUCAGCGGGAACUCUGACCUAGAGAACUGAAACUUUCUUAAAAUAAAUAAUCUAGAGAAGGCAAAUUAUAUGUAGAAAUCAUAGAGGAACUAUAGAGAUUUUAUCAGCGUUGCUAUUGUUAUCUGUAUCAUAAUCAACUGCUAUCAUAGAGGAGAGUAAAUUACGUUAUCGUAGGCGCUGUACAGCAUACGGGGAAAGGAAAAAUGCUUUGCUAUCUUUUGUUCUUUGUUUGUUUAUUUACAUGGUUUUGCCAAGAUGUUUUUUUUUAAGGUACAACAGAAAAUAUUUAAAACAAAAGUUUUUUUGAGUGAGAUUUUUUUUUGUCCUUGUUGACAGUGACUGAAUUAAUAAUGUAAUUCAAGGCCUUUUUUAGACAAUAUCCCAAAGUCACAUUAGCCAGGCCUUCUCAGGGGUGACAGGUUGAGCAAAUGCUAACAUGACCAUCCAUUCAGGGUAUCCCUCCAUAGCUCCAGAGAGCAGGAAACACUGUACGCAUGGAUGGAGUGACGAAAAAAACAAAAAUAUAUUUACAGUGCUGUACCAUAGAGAGGACAAGGGAUGGAUUUUGGAAAAUAAAGCUUUUAGAAAUUGUAAAAAAAAAAA